GGUUCCUAGCCGUGAGUGACAGCCCCGCGGAGCCAAUCAGAGCUGCCAGACGGCCAGCGGGGGGCGGGACUGUCGCUGUAACCCAAGCCGGGCUGAGGAUAGGUUGAGCUCUCGCGGAUGGUGUAGAGAGUGCCAGUGCCUUGGCGGUGUGUGUGGUGUGUGUGAGGGUGAGUGUCAGGGAAUACAGUGGAGCAGUGUCUCUGGCUGGAGACAGGCUGUUGCAUUUCAGUGCUCACUGCAGCAAGCUGUGCUAUCUGGUGAUGUGUGGGGGGGAGGGCUGCUGACAGACUCAUUUUCUUCUCCAUGCUGGUGAAUCAUAUCUGACAACCGCAGAAGGACAGGAGACAACAGGCUCAACUUCUUCUCCGGGAUAUAAAGACGUGGUAGAGACAAGUGCACACGCUGCGGCUGGACAUGUCUGAGCACAAGGCCAUUGAUCCCAAGUUGUCUACGCUGGACAGGGCGGUGAAAGCUGUACCGUUUCCGCCAAAUCACAGACUCACAGCGAAAGAAGUGUUUGACAAUGAUGGCAAGCCUCGUGUAGAUGUAUUAAAAGCUCAUUUAAUGAAAGAAGGAAGGCUCGAGGAAAGUGUCGCUCUUCGUAUAAUAACAGAAGGAGCUUCAAUUCUCCGCUUGGAAAAAAAUUUGCUGGACAUAGAUGCACCAGUCACGGUUUGUGGGGAUAUCCAUGGACAGUUCUUUGACCUGAUGAAGUUGUUUGAAGUAGGGGGAUCACCUGCCAACACACGUUACCUAUUCUUGGGCGACUACGUUGACAGAGGAUACUUUAGCAUUGAAUGUGUGUUGUACUUGUGGGCCUUGAAAAUUCUAUAUCCCAAAACUCUGUUUUUACUGCGAGGGAAUCAUGAAUGUAGACAUCUAACAGAGUAUUUUACCUUCAAACAAGAAUGUAAAAUAAAAUAUUCAGAAAGAGUGUAUGACUCCUGUAUGGAUGCCUUUGACUGCCUUCCUCUGGCUGCUUUGAUGAACCAACAGUUCCUGUGUGUACAUGGUGGCUUAUCUCCAGAAAUCAACACUUUAGAUGACAUUAGAAAAUUAGAUCGCUUUAAAGAACCCCCUGCAUACGGACCUAUGUGCGAUAUUUUGUGGUCAGAUCCACUGGAAGACUUUGGUAAUGAGAAAAGCCAAGAACAUUUUACUCACAACACAGUUAGAGGGUGCUCUUAUUUUUACAGCUAUCCAGCUGUCUGUGAAUUCCUUCAGCACAAUAACUUGUUAUCUAUACUUCGAGCUCAUGAAGCCCAGGAUGCUGGAUAUCGUAUGUAUAGAAAAAGCCAAACUACAGGCUUCCCCUCCUUAAUUACAAUAUUUUCAGCACCAAAUUACCUAGAUGUAUACAAUAAUAAAGCUGCAGUAUUGAAGUAUGAGAACAACGUCAUGAAUAUCAGACAGUUCAACUGUUCUCCUCAUCCAUACUGGCUUCCAAAUUUCAUGGACGUCUUUACUUGGUCCUUACCAUUCGUUGGAGAAAAAGUGACAGAGAUGCUUGUAAAUGUACUUAGCAUCUGCUCUGAUGAUGAACUAUGCUCAGAAGAAGAUGCCGAUGGCGCAACAGCUGCAGCUCGUAAGGAAGUAAUUAGAAACAAGAUUCGCGCUAUUGGGAAAAUGGCAAGAGUGUUCAGUGUACUGAGGGAAGAGAGUGAAAGUGUGCUGACUUUGAAAGGUCUGACACCUACUGGAAUGCUGCCUAGUGGAGUUCUUUCCGGAGGCAAGCCAUCACUCCAAAGCGCUACUAUUGAGGCUAUAGAGGCCGAUGAAGCAAUCAAAGGAUUCUCGCCGCAACAUAAGAUCACCAGCUUUGAGGAAGCCAAAGGCUUGGAUCGCAUUAACGAAAGGAUGCCACCUCGUCGAGAUGCUAUGCCUUCAGAUGCCAAUCUUAACUCUAUCAACAAGGCUAUUUCUUCAGAGACCAAUGGCACUGACAGCAAUGGCAGUAACAGCAGCAAUAUCCAGUGACCACUUCCUGUCUGUUAAUAUAUAUUUUUUGUAGCUGCACAGCAUGAUGGGAUUGCCACUCAUCAGCAGAUGGGUGAUCUUGAUUUGGGUAAAUGCUACUUACUCUUGGGGUUAGUGUUGAGUUCAGUUUACAGUGUCAUCUUAAGAGAGAGAUCUAUUUUAGUGGAGGCACUAGCCUCAUCUGGACAUGCCUAUAAAUGCUUGUAGAAAACAUACACACAGAUCUUGCUUACCUAUAUAGAACAUAUUUUCCAAUGAUAUUGGGAACCUGUAGUUAUAUGACAGGCCUUCUUUUAGUUACUGAACAUACAGUACAUAUUUGUCUAAUUUCUUACUAACUAUAUUGUAUGUUUACAUUUGCAACUCUAAACUACAACUAGACAUAACAACAUUUUUAACAUAAAGUGCAAACAAGAAUAAGGACUAUUUAUUGAUGAUGUUUUGUUACUCUUGUCAGAUUGGCUCUUUUCUCCCCUUCCUUUUUCUGUGGGAGGUGCCUGCUUUGUAUCACUGUUUAAACAGUUUCAAGCACCUCCACAAGUGUAUGGAUUUCUCACACCAUUUAUAUGAGUAGUCUUAAUGCCACCAGUGUGGGGACACAGACUUUGGUCCAUUGCCUCGACAAUGGGGGACAAAUGGCAAAAUAAAAAUUUAAAAAAUAUAUAUAAUUUUUUUUUUUCAAAAAUGUAAGAAUGUUAAAAACUGUAAAAGAUGCCAAAAAGGAAAGUUUAAUUUUGUACAGUUUAUGCUUACCUCAGGUUACAUUCUUGUGCUUGAAUGCCCUUCUUACUAUAGAACACAUAGGUUACUUAUUUGGCAGUGAAUAUAUUUUUUUCUUUUUAUUAUUAUUAUUUUACUUUUUUUUCCUUUUAAAAAGCAAAACUGGAAUAAUGAUAUCCAUUCUAUUUUUUUUUCUUUUUUUUUUUUUUUGUUGCUGUUCUAUCUAAGGUUUUUUGGUAAAUAAAGUAUUGGUUGUGGCUUGCUGAAUUUUAAUAUUUAUGAGUGGUGCAUUUUUAAGUAUAGUGAACAAGACACCAUAUUAAGUGCAGUGAAAAGCAUCUAUAUUCUGUAAAAAUCCGCCUAUGCAUGUUUUUUAAGACAAAAUGGCUGUAUAGGCCUGUAUGGGACUGUAAUGCGCUUAGUGGUUGGACUUAUACUGGAAAUGUAUGUAUACUGGCAUACUUUAUAUUCUCUUAAAACGCUUAAUGCCUUUGAAAUUUUGUAAUCAAACAAAAAGAAAAAGCUUUGAAAAAAUCUAAAGAGGAAAGAAGAAUUCUUAAUGUUUUAUAACAUACGCUUGUCAGUGCACACAUAUAUAUGGUUAGCAUGUUUAGCAAAACUUGUGAAAUUUAAAAUAAGUUUGUGGUUACAUGUGGAACUCUAAGUGCAUGAUAACUGUUAGUGUCAUAAUAGUUUGGUCAUUCUGUUAUGUUUUGUCAUGUGCCACAAAUGUGUAAUUCUUUUCACUUAUUCCCCCCCUUUGUAAUAUGAGUUACGGGUUAUUACUGACUCUUACAAGAACCUAAAAAUUGAAUUGGAUCAAAAUAAGUCCAUUGAUAUUUUCUAACAAUUGUUUAAGUGCCCAAGUAAUUCACUACAGCCUAAAGCCUUGCCUUUGUAAUUUGACUUCUGAAAUGUUGGCAAUCAAAGCAUGCACGUGUAACGAUGACAAAAAAGCAUUUUAUAUUACUACUCAAUAAACUGUGCAUGAACUUAA